GACUCCUUCCAGCUCAUCUGAGCUUCAGGCAUUCGAGCACAGGACACUGAGUGGAUCUCACACGGACACACACCAGCUCUGUGGACUAUUUAGAACUGCACCUGUCUCCUCAGCGGCUCUGAGCUCGUCCCUAUGUGUGGAUGGGAGCAAAGCUACACGGCGACCUCUCAUAGCUCGGCCAUGUUGACCAGUGAGGGGGCCCACACCAUGGAGGACGACUCGCACCACAGAACCAAGAUGGCCUCCACCGCCACCAGCUCCUCCUCGGACGGAGCCGAGACCUUGACGGACACGGACGUGGAGAUGGAGGAGGCAGACAUGACCCGAUGGACGGAGGCAGAAUUCGAGGAGAAGUGCACAUAUAUCGUCAAAGACACGGCGUGGGAAGGAGCAUCGGACGGCGACGCCAUGACGACGACCAGGGCUGAGGCGUCGCUGCCUCGAAACCUGGCCUUUAAACACCCGGGCGACAGCAAGGAGGUGGUCGGCGUGUGCAGCAGGGAGUACAUCCCCCAGGGAACCCGCUUCGGCCCCCUGGUGGGCGAGAUCUACACGGCCGACAGCGUCCCCAGAGACGCCAACCGCAAGUACUUCUGGAGGAUCUUUGUGGACGGGGAGUUCCACCACUUCGUGGACGGCCUGGACGAGACGCGCUCCAACUGGAUGCGGUACGUGAACCCGGCCCACUCGGCCGCGGAGCAGAACCUGGCAGCGUGCCAGAACGGCAUGGAGAUCUACUUCUACACGGUGAAGCCCGUCCCCGCCGGCGCCGAGCUGCUCGUGUGGUACUGCCACGACUUCGCCCACCGCCUGCACUACCCGCCGUCAGGAGAGCUGAUGAUGCAGAAACUCAAGCAGUCUCUCCUGGAGGUCAAGCAGCAGCAGCUGAGCAGUGAGGAGCCUUCGGUUGAGGCCUCCAGCCCGUCCCCCGUUGAAGUGACUCCCACCCCUCCCAAGAGGGAACACAGCGUCCUGUCCAUCCUGCGGGGCUCCAACAGCACCUCGUCCACCAAGAGAGAGCCCAGUCGGCCACUUCCCACCCGCCCGCACUGCACCAGCAGCCCCGAACGCCCCCUGUGGCCUCGUGCCCUCUACCCCGCUCUCAGACCCCAUCCUCACAUCCACGAGGACCACCUCAGAGCUGGCCAGCUUUACCCUUUGACGCACUCCCCUGGCAGCCAGUCGUUGGCGACACCCAGCCCGUCAGCGAGAAGCAGCCCAGACAGCAGCCCUCAGGGGAGCCCCUCAGGGCCGGCACCCACUCCCUUCUACCCAACUGGACUGGGUUCAUAUCCUGGCUACUCCCCACCAUCAGCCCCCCUCUCCUCACCCUUCUACCCCCCAGGAGCUACCUACACACGCUACCUCCUGCCCCAGCACUAUCCUCUGCCUGGUGGUGGGGUGCCCACCAUAGGCGGCAUCUUCCCCAGGAUGUACCCCCUCUACAGCAGCCUCCUACCCACUCACGUGCCCAUCAUGCCUGCUGACAGAUCAACUUCAAGGCACUUCUUGAUGCACGAUUCCGUCCACCCGUCCUCUAUCUCUGGGCACAGAGACUUCCUCCUUCCUGGACCCACCAGUGCCUUUUCAGUCGCCACUUCUCUGAAGGACAAAGCAGGCCCUCACCACUCUUACUCUGGGCUCCCUCACCCACAUGUGCCGGCCCAUGCACCGUCCAGUGGCUCCCCAACAGCAGGCACUGCACCUCCCAGCGAACGCAUGCCCACCAGGCCUACCUCAGCCAUGCUAGGUAAGACCAGCGAGCAUCGCCCCAGCGAGGAGGCCGUCAACCUGACCAAAGUGAAGCGUGGUGCAGGUUCAGCGGGCUACAAGGCGCUGCCGUACCCACUGAAGAAGCAGAACGGCAAAAUCAAGUAUGAGUGCAACGUGUGCAGCAAGACCUUUGGACAGCUGUCAAAUCUGAAGGUUCAUCUUCGUGUUCACAGUGGAGAGAGACCCUUCAAAUGUCAAACUUGUAACAAAGGCUUCACCCAACUGGCUCACCUGCAGAAACACUACCUGGUCCACACGGGGGAGAAGCCACAUGAAUGCCAGGUCUGUCACAAGCGCUUCAGCAGCACCAGCAACCUGAAGACUCACCUGCGCCUCCACUCAGGGGAGAAGCCUUACCACUGCAAACUGUGCCCCGCCAAGUUCACGCAGUUCGUCCACCUCAAGCUGCACAAGCGCCUGCACUCUCGCGAGCGUCCGCACAAGUGCCCUCACUGCCACCGCCACUACAUCCACCUGUGCAGCCUGCGGCUCCACCUCAAAGGCUACUGCCUGGCGGCGAAGCCGGGCUCUGACGAUCAGGCUGCGGUGGAAGAGGUGCACCGAGCCAACGAGGAGAUCGAGCGCUUCGACGUCAGCGAGCACGCGGAGCGGCUGGAGCACCUGCAGGGAGGGGUGGAGGUGGAGGCCAUGUUGGAGAAGCAGGUCUUGGGGAUGAUGUGGGGGGAGCCGGACAUUAAGUCCUCCCACCUUCUGCCCCGACACAAGAGCAGCGCCGCCGACCUCCUGGGCUACGGUGCAUACGAGCUGCCGAACGAGACGUCCGUCAUCAAGAUCCAGCACAGCGGCGCCGUCCCAACACUUGCUGCUAAUGUCACUGUCAAGCAGGAGUCAGAGGACAACUAAUAAUCUUCAGUCGCUUGUGCGUAUAAGCGAUCUUUGGAACCAAGGGACAUAAAGUCAAGCCUGCAUGACUCAUGGGACCAGGUUGCUAAGGGCAACAGCUGUAAAUAAACACCUUUACCUGGCUGUCAUCGGGCCAGACCAGGUUUCAGGGACUCACCUACUCAGGGCUACGAGAGACACUGUCCCACGACUACUUUCAGCGUUUAUCACAGACAAUCAUCUACGCAGGACUCACCUUUAAUGUAAUUCAGGUUGUGUAAUAUUGUUACUGAUGUCUAUUUGGUCUUUGUUUUAAAUGCAUCUGUUUUUUGAUUAAUUAGUUGUUUGUUAUAUAAUCUCCUUAAUUUAUUACACUUGUUUAUUUGUUGUCUUUUAGAGCAAUAAGUGGAACUAAAGGUUACACUGACGGGGUGAAAUCCAUGUAAAAGUCUGUAUUUGUGUUGAUAAUAUUUUGCUAUGUGUGGCCAUUUUCUGUAGAUAGUCACUCUGUCUGCCUGUAUCCAUCCUGCAACCUCUGACCUGUAAAAUCAGGGCGUCCAGCUUCAGGGUUUAUGUAUUUAAGUUUAGAAACGAUAGCGCAGGUUUAAAAGGGUUGGAAACUUGCCAAAGUUUGGCACAUACACGUUAAUUUAGCAAAAAAAGAGGUUGGUUUCAGCCCGGCUUGAAAGCGUCCCCUAAGUAUGUGUGUGUGUGUGCUUUUCUGAUGCCUACUUAAUUUAAAUUCAAGGAAAAAGGGCAUUUUUGUAUAUUUUUUCACAACGGUUACCUCAGAGUGCAUGUGAAGGUGUGAAGAUGUGCUGCCUGUGUGUCUGCGUGUGUGUUUAAAGGGACAGCUGACGCUGGGAGCUCUAUUUAUUUGUUUUUGGAUUAUUCUGCUACUUGAACAAGAGGAAGAGCCCGGAGUCAAGUGGAGUGCAGCUCCUCAUGUAGCACCUCGGAGACUUCCCUCGGGUUUAUUUUCCAGCACGCCGUCUCCACCCGCUCAGCAGGGACCGCAACAAGCUCAGAUUUAGGGACUCACGCUUGACGCUAGUAACCAAAGUUCACUUGGCUUUAAUUUGAAAGUACAUCAAAGGAAAACGCAACAAGGGCCGAAGGACUAGAGGAACCAAAAUGCUGACGAAGCGAAGACGAGCAGUGUGUUUCUGUGUUGUUGUCGUUAAUUGUUGGGUCUGUUGAACCUCGGCCGUCCACCAACGUCUUUUUGAACUGAACACCAAAGCACCUCGGGCUUUUUAAUGCACUGGCCCUCUCCUCCUACUUUAUACUUUCCGUACUGACGCUUGCACACUGUACAAUAUUACUGAAACUGGUCAGCAUUAAGACACAGAUUAAUGUCCUGCAGCAGCUGAACAUCGGUCUGAGAUCUGUAGCUUUCUCUCACUCUCUGUUCCCUUUACUAGUGUUCGACCAAAGCCUCUCUGUCUCUGAUCAGAGGAGAAAUCCCCAAAGGAUGAUCUCUGUUUACAUUCUGGUUUACAUAGUUAUUUAUGUGCAACAAUGUCAAAUGUGUAAAUUAUGAUAAAAAUGUUCACUGCUCUGAUCUAAA